CCUCGCUAAGGAACGGUUCUACGUGCGCUACACGUGUGAUUAUUGUCAACUUUCAGCCAUGGCUAGCUCGUUUUCACAAGAGCUUGAGGAUUUAUUAAAUCCUUUGCCUAAAUUUGCUGAUCCAGAGGAUGAUGGCGACGAGGCGACCAAGGCCAGAGUGAUCGAGAGAUUCGACGAGGACGACGGAGUCGGUCUCAGUUCUCUGCGACGACGCGCUCCCCUCCCGUCCAGAGACGCGCGAUACCGGGGCCAGCCUGUGUCCCGCACACAGCUCACCAUGGAGACGGAAACAUACACAGAUGAGGACGAAGAAGGGGGAGAGGAUAGAUACAGUGAAGUAGAUGAAACAGAAGAUCCAGUGGAGAGUGAAGAGAUCGAUAUCGCCUUUCCUCAACAACUGGAUUUCCAGAAAGUUACAGAGGGCUUGGAUGAGCUGGGAGUGAGUGAAGGAGAGCAGGACACGGGUGAAGGAGAGCAGGACACGAGUGAAGGAGAGCAGGACACGGGUGAAGGAGAGCAGGACACGGGUGAGGAGUCUGAUGACAGUGAGGAGGAGGAUGGGCAGGACGGGCUGACCAUCUGCACACUUUCCCAAAAUAAAGUGGAUGAGGAGGUUGAAAAAGGAAAAGCUGUGAAAAACCAGCUGUCCUUGUGGGACCAGCUUCUUGAGGGCCGAAUUAAAAUCCAGAAAGCUCUGGUGCUGGCCAAUCAACUUCCACAGCCACAGACCUUCCCAGACUUCCAGAGGAGAGGUGGAGCGGAGCUCCCGGGGGCUCUGAAGACCACGCACAAGGCUGUGAAAGCUCUGCAGAGGUCCCUGCUGGAGCUGCACGGCCAGCUGCUGCUGCAGAACCCCGACACCAGGGGGGUUCCUGAGGGGAAGCUGCAGGCUCACAAAGGAGAUGAGAUGGUAACUAGUGAUGAUGAUGAUGAUGAAGAGGACAUGAGGGCAGCUCAGGAUUCUGGAGCUACCAAACGAAAAGUGGAUAUGGCAGAGUACCCUGUUGUCAUGGCGAAGCGUUUUGCUGCUUUUGAUCCUUAUUGCAGCACUGUGUUACAAAAGUGGGAUGAUAAAACUAAGCUGACUAUUGGCAAGAGCAGCAAAGGUUUUGGGGCAUUUGAGAGAAACAUUCUGAGCCAGGUGGAGCAGGUGCUGGUGGACCGGGAGAGGCUGGUGCGGCGCACCCAGACCCGGCGCUCCGAGUACUCAGUCCUGGGCAAAAAGGAGCUGUCGUCCGUUCUUGCAGUGGGAGAGGUUGAAGGACAACAGCUGAAGGCAAACAUGCAUUUAAAAGAUGUGGAUAAGGAUAUCUUUGAUGAUGAUGACUUUUACCACCAGCUCCUCAGAGAGCUGAUUGAGCGCAAGACAAGUGCAACAAACUCCAACAAUCAGGUGGCCAUGGGCAGGCAGUGGUUGGCCAUUCAGAAACUGCGCAGCAAGAUCAAGAAAAAAGUAGAUACCAAAGCCAGCAAGGGGCGGAAAGUCCGAUUCCACAUCCACAGCAAGUUGGUGAAUUACAUGGCACCUAUGGACUACAGCUCUGUGAGCGACGAGGCGCGGGACGAACUUUACCGGAGCCUCUUCGGCUCCCAGAGCAGCUCACACGCCAAGUGAUGGCAACACAGCAACUAGGGUUUAAACUAAACUGCUCAGCUUAUAGAGGCAUGAAGAAACGAGGUGGAAAUAGGCAGGAGCAGCCUCUGCUAACCAUGAAUGAUAUCUAAAGACUGAGUGACACUUUUGACGUGACUUUGAUAGAAAUAAGUAAACUGUGACUGACUAUGGAAAGAAAAGCGAUGACUGUGUUCCUUUUCAUAUGAUCCAGUUAGGGUUAAAGUCAUUCAUAAACUGGAUGGCUUUUCUUUCUUUCAAAGAACAAUAUGCGAGGUGAACACUGUAAUGUUUUAAACAGAGAGAAAU